AUGUGGGACUCAGUUGUAUCCCUCGCCAAGCGUGUCAAGGUCCCGGUCACGGCCUCGACGACCGCCGCCGAGGCAGCUGAGAUGCAGCGAGACCCGUGGUCUAAAUCAGCCAAAUAUGGAGUGGGAUUUGUAUAUUUCGCCGUCGUGCUGCUGGUCAUCACGACUCUCAUCCGAGGCUGGCAUAUAUGGGGCGACAAGAUGCGCAUUGCUUUUCAUAAAGAAAAUCGACUUCAAAUAUUCCGUGACGACUCGGUGCCAGAUGAGUAUGAGCUACCGAGUGCAGGAACCGAUGCUUCCAAUGCCCAUUUCUUUCCGUCACCAAAUGCAAUCUCUGCUCCAAAGAGACGCGAAUCACUUCUCUCCAGGAUUGUUCCCUUAAACAAGGCAAUUGCUUUCAUGCGAUGGAUCUUUUACAGACCAAUGCCAGCCCUCAAGAUUUGGAAGUGCGAGAUCGUGUUUCCGUCUUUGGCAGUGACAGUGAUUGUACUGGCUGCGCUGAUCUUUGUCACAUUGUACUGUUUCGUUCCUCAACCCUUAUACUACUGGUCGAUUGCCCUCGGAUCACCUCCGUUGGCUAUUCGAUCGGGUAUGCUGGCAGUGGCCAUGGUUCCUUGGAUUGUUGCACUCAGCACCAAGGCCAACUUCAUCAGUAUGAUGACUGGCCUUGGCCCUGAGCGGCUGAAUGGAUUGCACCGCUGGUCUGCCUAUAUCUGCCUCUUUCUCUGUCUGAUUCACAUGAUUCCGUUCUAUAUUACUCCAAUUUGGGAAGAUGGCGCAUUGGUCAACUAUCGCCUAGGAAUUCCUGCGCAUGUCUAUGUGUACGGAACCGGGUUUGCAGCACUGGUGCCUCUGCUAGUCUUGUGUCUUCAUUCUCUUCCUAUUUUCCGUCAUUGGAUGUAUGAGCUGUUUGUGUUUGUUCAUAUUCCGGUCUCGUAUGUUUUUGUGGCAUUACUGUUCUGGCACACAAGGAACUACCUCUCGUCCUGGGCCUAUCUUUUCACCACCCUCGCCAUUUGGGUCAUCACUUAUAUCAUUCGGCUGUUCUAUUUGAACUGGACAAAUCCUUUGCGCACGUCAUCGUUCUUGAUCGGAGAAGAAUGCGCCAUAACUCUUCUCCCACAGAAUGCUGUCAAAGUAGUAAUUCCUACAAAGAUGCGCUGGCGCCCUGGACAGUAUGUCUACCUUCGACUGCCGAGAAUCUCAGUUCUUCAGAGCCAUCCUUUCACAAUCUCCUCGCUCUGUAGUGAUGACUUUCCGUCUGCCUAUGGUGAGAAAUACCGUGACCUGACACUUGUCUUCCGUCCAUUCAGUGGUUUCACAAAAAAGGCAUUCCGCAAGGCCUUAAAGCAUGGCCCUUACAAGACCUACAGCGCAUUCCUAGAAGGACCGUACGGUGGUAUGCAGCGUGAGAUGGCUGCCUUUGACGAUGUGAUCUUCUUCGCUGGAGGCAGUGGUAUCACCGCCAUUGCAAGUCAACUGUUGGAUCUCAUCAAGAAGAUCCGAGAUGGCAAAGCUAUCACCAAAUCAGUCCGAGUCAUCUGGGCAUUGAAGAGCCCAGAAACAAUGGAAUGGUUCCGAGAGGAGUUGCGUAUCUGCCGUGACUAUGCACCGUCGAACAUUGUAAACUGUCACUUCUUCCUCACGGGCGUGAAGCAAGAUGAUCAACUCGGGCGGGAUAUGGUCCAGGAGAAGAUCUACGGCAUGCUCCAAGGCAUCGACAAGCGUAACUCUGCCUAUAUCCGCGCCGAAGCUGCGGGUAAUCCAGAUGUGGAAAAGGAACUGCGCCGUGAGAACGAAGAUGGCAUUACUGCUCUACCCAAUGCUUAUCCGGCUGCUCAUGUGCCAAACACCCGUCAGUACUAUCAACCGACAAUGGACCCAUAUGCUUCACCAGGAUCUGGAUCUGUCAACCCUAACUUCGACUUUGGAUUUGGCACACCACAAGCAGUGCCACAAAGACCACCGCCAUCCCCAGCACCACGCUUUGCCUAUUAUCAACCACGACGAGACAACUGGCGUACCGACUACUUCCGUCCAAAUAUCCCUCAAAUGAUCAACGAAUUUUCUAAGACCUUUGGCCGUCGCACAUGCGUGUUUGUCUGUGGGCCACCGAGCAUGCGUGUGGAGGUGGCCAAUACAGUGGCCAAACUCCAGCUGCAAGUGAUGAUGGAUUCAUCGAAAGAUGAGAUCUUCUUGCAUGCUGAGAAUUAUAACAUCUAA